AUGGAAGUCUACUGUUUCUUGGCUCAGGCCAUCUAUUUACUUUCAAAUUCGUUAUUGCAUUAUCAUGACUUGAAUACAAUCGAACUGAUCAAGGCUCUUCUUCAGCUCCCUCCAGGCACACUAUUUUCACUCUUCCAAAACGACUUUCCGUCUAUCUAUGCCGCCUGGGAGGGGCUGCUUCGCAUUGUGAUCAGCAUUUUAUCAUCUUUAGAACGAGAAGUUCUACAGAUGUGGCGAAACGUCGAUAUUCAUUCUGUGGCUUGCUCCCUGAUAGAGGUAGCCCUACACCGAACCAAGUGGCUGAUAGAAAACGAUAAAGAUCUUGUCCAUGCAGCUAUCUUAAUCUCAAAUUCCAACUUGCUUGAGCGACUGCUGGGCAAGGGCGCCUGCCCAGAGCGCACUUGGAAAAGGAUCAUUGCAAUAUAUUACGCCGCGGAGGCAAGCUCAGCGCCAUGCAUCAAAAUAUUGAUCGAAGGUUGUGACCCGAAUCAUAGACUCAAAGAUUCAAGGUCGCAUUUUACCUUCAUUCUUGAGGAAAUUAUCAGACUGAAAAGAUGCAAACACCUUUCCGAACGUCAAAACAAGCAGCGCGAGCUACUACUCCGAGUCGUUGACUCCUAUCUGGAGGCAGGUGCUGAUGUUAAUUCACCUUAUCCGUCUUGUGACAAACACCGGGAACUCCUGGAACAGACUAAAGCCCCUAAAGACUGGUACCCAACCUUUUUGGAUUGGAGCUUUCAAUAUGACAGGGAGUUAUUCGACCGAAUGCAGCCGCGAAGUUCAGUUGAUGAAACGACCAUAACAAGGCACGGAAUCCUCCUGGCUGCCAUGCAGGGCAGAUCAGCACUCUCAGGAUACAUUAGAUCUCGGAGCUCGCAAACGGCUACAGAAGUGAGCCAGUUCCUAGAGCUCGUUAUUCGAGAGCAAUUCAUAUCCUCUUUCCUGUGGGGCUUUUUCAAUAUCAAAAUUGUCAAAAGUCUCUUGAGUAUUGGGAUCCAAAUGCAUCAUUCCGACUAUUCAAUAUGCUGCAUGAGACUUCUGAAACAUUCUCGAGGAAGAGAAGACUACGAUAGUCUUUGGGUUCUUAACCACCUAUUUCAGAAUGGGCUUGUCGUUACUUGGCAUAUUUUCCGUGCCGCCGUAUCCAAGGAGGGUAUAGAUAUGCUUGACGUCCUCCGGAAAUACGUCGUUGAUGUUGGAAAGAUUGGCGGGCCCGCCCUGGUGAAAGCUGCAAGACUUGGUAAUUAUGAAGCAGUGGGUUGGCUAUUAGGCUUUGGUGUGGACAUCAAAAGCCUAAUACCAGAUAGAAUCGGCACUCGGCACGAUUUGGAAGUCAACACUGUGAUAGGGAUUUUCAUCUGCGAGAGUUGGGAAAAUCCAGACACAUCAAUGUUAGGAUAUCUGGUCGGAUGCGGCGCUGAGCUCAAGAGAACUGUGAGCGACCAGCACGCGGGGGGUCUCUUUGAGUUGAUUAGAAAGUCUAGGAAAGGAAGUGCAACGAGGCUUGUCCCUUGGCUUCUUGAUCAACUCGAGGUGCGAGGUACUGGAAAGAUGUUGAGAGUUGAACUUCAAGCUAUAUACGCAAUCGCUGCGAUAGCAAAUUUCGACAAGGGUUUCGAGAGCAGCUCCUGGUCGUCAAUCUUUAAUAGGUUGCGUAAUACGUACGGUCUCCCACCGUGCCCCGAAGCCAUCCUAGGGUCAAUGAUUGUGGCCAAAGCCCCUGACGAAAGGAUCCAAGAGCUUAUCCGGGCUAGCAUUGACAUUAACACCUAUUCAGAAGAGAUCUUCUACGGGAGCUACUAUACCCCGAUACAAGCAGCUGCAUCUGUCGGUAAUUAUCCCUUGGUGGUUCAAUUAUUUGAGAUUGGGGCGGAUGUGAAUAGUCCGGCUCGAGGGAAAUAUGGUAGAACAGCACUUCAAGCAAUCUGUGGGUGGAAUCCUGUGUCUGAAAAAGAUAAGAGUCGUCAGCAGGAUAUUGUGAAUUUCUUAAUCGAGAAAGGUGCAAAUGUCAAUACUGCCCCGGCGCACGGCUAUUUCGGUCUUACAGCAAUCAUGGCAUCUGCAGCACAUGGAGAUAUUGAACUCGCCACUAUCUUGUUGGCUCACGGCGCUGACCCCAAUAUUUACCAAUGGCAGUUGACCUCAAUUCCAUACGCGGCCUUAGACCGUGCCUACAGCAGCUGUGAUAUGACGAAACUCUUACUAAAUGCGGGAGCUUUGAGUUCACAUCGGGGUUCAACCGGAUACGAAGGUGCUUUGUGGGUGGCUGAACAUACAGGUCAUCAUGCUGUCGUAGACAUAAUUCGCGACCACAUGUUGCAGAAGGAGGAGCAAUUCCGUUCGAAAUCAGAGCUGCGGGACUUGCACAAUGCAGUCUUACAUAGAUUGGAUCUUGGAGAUGCCUCGAGGCACGCGAACGAGACAUACGAUGAACUUGAGACGCGUGAGAUCAAGGGCAUUCAAAGAAGGGCAAGUGAGCGCGGAUGGAACUACCCGCCACAAUCUCCCCUAUAA